AUGCCGGACCCUACUAACCUUACUAAUAUUACUAAUACUAAUGUUAUACCGGAUGACCUAGAAAAUAUCCUUACUAGCCUUAAUCCUACCGACCUUGCUGGCCCUGCUGGCCCUGCUAAUCCUACCGACCUUACUGGCCCUACUGGCCUAGCUGGCCCUACCGACCCUACUGGCCCUACCGACUUAUUCCCUUAG